GCUUUAUUUUUGUACCCUCGUCACGUGGUACAGUUCCCUGUGAACAUGGCCGCUCCUACCGCGGCUUCAUUCCCUCAGACGGCCUUCUCCUCCACAAUCAGCUGAUGUCUGUAAAUACCUUCGGUUGCCAGGAAGUGCGUGAGUGUGUGUGCGCGCACGCACUGGCGAGACGGCGAUCGGACUUUAAAUCGCAUCUGAAGACAACAAAAGGGGAUGUUUUGGCCACGGAGGGGACGGUAACAGAAACCGCACGGGACCCGAGCGGACACCUCCUCUCAUCUCCUCCUUGUGCUCGUCCAGCCGAAGCGCCGCACGCGCAGCCUGGGAGCGCGCAUGGAGGGGCGCGCCGCGCGCGGUGCGCAGCCCUGGGGGAAGCUGGUCCGGAUGGAGGCCGGCUCGAGCUCCGAGGUGCUGCUGGUGAACAGGGAGUGUACCGUGGGCAGGAGGAAGGGUUGUGAUCUCUCUUUUCCCGCAAAUAAACUGGUCUCAGGUGAUCACUGCAAAAUUGUGCAGGAUGCCAACUCUGGAGAGGUUUGGCUGGAGGAUAUGAGCACCAAUGGCACAGUAAUCAACAUGUCUAAACUGGUUAAGAAACAGAUGCACCCUCUCCAGAGUGGCGAUGUCAUCUACUUUGUUUACAGGAAAAACGAGCCAGAGCAAAAUAUUGCCUACAUUUAUCAAUCCAUACCCCAAGAGCCUUCAAGUGUACAGGAUAACACAGCGAGGGUGACUGAGAUGUCCUCCACAGGAGGCUGUGCCCAAGAUGAGCCCCGACCCUCUACCUCCACCUCCCACCUCUACAGCAGCGUGCCUGCAGCCCCUCUCACCACACCAUGCCAUUCUAUCCCUCAGACCUUUGUUUCAGGUUCUGACACACUGCUGUCUUCCCAAGAAGCCAGUGGAGAGAAGCCAGUAACCGCAAGAACAGAAGCUUCCUGCACUGGAGAUCUUCUAAAGUCAGAGGAAGGGAGCAGGAUUUCAGUUAUGGAGGAUAACGAACCAGAGAGAAAAAAGAGAAGAACUGACAAGGAUUAUGGAUUACCUGGUCUGCCUGAUUCUGGGUUUACUGAGGCAGGAGACCCUGCCAAGGUGGCUGUGGGGACCCUUGUGCAGAAAGGAACAACAGAGGGGCCCAAGAUUGACAAAAUGGAAGAAUCCCUCACCUGCAUCAUCUGCCAGGAUUUGUUAUAUGACUGUGUGAGCCUGCAGCCAUGCAUGCACACGUUCUGCGCCGCCUGCUACUCGGGCUGGAUGGAGCGCUCUUCCCUAUGCCCCACCUGCCGCUGCCCUGUGGACCGCAUCCGGAAGAACCACAUCCUCAACAAUUUGGUGGAGGCCUACCUGCUACAGCACCCAGAAAAGUGCCGUAGCAAGGAGGAUCUGAAAAGUAUGGACAUGCGUAACAAGAUCACUCAGGACAUGCUGCAGCCAAAGAUCGAACGCUCCUUCUCCGAUGAGGAGGGCAGUUCAGACUAUCUCUUUGAACUCUCCGACAACGACAGUGACACCUCUGACAUCAAUCAGCCUUUUGUGAUGUGCAGGCAGUGUCCAGGAUACAGAAAGGAUGUCAUCCCAGGGCCCUAUGUUUCAGGGAUGGCCAGUGAGGAGCAUACUGUCAAGCCUUUAGGAGAAGGGCCCUCCACAUCCUCCAACACUGCAGGAGCUGUCCAGGAAUAUACAUGUCCACCACAGGGCAGUCAUGUUACCUGCACCUGCUGCCUACAGCCCAUGCCUGACCGCCGCAACGAACUUGCUAACCACCCCUUCUCUGCACAGCAGUGUACAGCAUGCCACCUUCCCUUCUGUCAUAUGUACUGGGGAUGUCAGCGAACUGGAUGUCAGGGCUGCCUGGCCCGUUUCAGCGAACUUAACCUCACUGAGAAAUGCCUCGAUGGUGUUCUCAACAGCAAUACUUAUGAAUCGGAUGUCCUACAGAACUACCUGGCGUCCAGGGGCCUGACCUGGAAAGAGCUGCUCCGCGACAGCCUGCUGGCCUUACAGCAGGGCACCUUCCAUCUUUCCGACUAUCGCAUCACGGGUAACACGGUUCUUUGCCACUGCUGCGGCCUACGUGCCUUCAAGGAGCUGGCAUACAAGUAUCGGCAGAAUAUUCCGGCCUCGGAGCUGCCAGCAGCGGUAACAUCUCGUCCUGAUUGCUACUGGGGACGCAACUGCCGCACACAGGUGAAGGCGCACCACGCCAUAGGAUCACAGUGCGAAAGCCCUGUGACAUAAGGAUGAGCUGACUGAUUUCCUGCCAAGAGAGGGCGCUAGUGUCUCACCUCGUGAUGUACUCUGCUGCUGCUGGUGUCCAAGUUGAAAGCUAAACUGGAAACCAACUUUUUCCUUUUGAUUUUUUUUUUUUUUCUUUUUAAGGAAAUUCAACCAUAUUUGUGAGCAGACCCGCUUCAAGAACUGAAGAAUCAGAUUUUCUAUUCACCUUUUUGCCUCUCCACAUAAGGGGGAAAGGAAAAAAACUUCUCUAAGUCUGCCUACCCCUUCAAGUGAAAGUGGUAGUGUGGUGUACCUUGCUGUUCAGCAAAAUGUUGUCCUAGGACAAGCAAGAAGUAACUUUAAAAAAGCCUAUAGUAAUAGUAGUAGCUUACAAAUUAAACAUGUUAUUGAUUUGCCUAAUAACGCAUGUUAGUUUCCAAGGUCAAACACUUGAUUGUGAACAUGUUUGCAGUGACAUAAGUAGUCUUCUUAUGUAACUGUAGUCUUUGCGUAUGAUGUGUGAAGAAUCCUCCAGCAAGGUGCUGCAACAGUAGAAUCCACACAAUGUUGGAUGGGAUGGAGUCAGUUUUGUUUUGCAGAGUUCAGUGACUUAUGUUAGUGUGGUCAGUUUCCUUUUUCAGUAGUUUUCUACUGAAAAAGGCAAGUCUAAGUAGGCUUUCAUCAACAAGAAGUACCGAUACAUUAUACUCCCUUUUGCAAGUUCCUGCUCUGACUUUAGUCUCACAUUGCCAGUCUUUCCUGUGCACAUGGGUCUUUGUGCCUUGCACAUCAACACAGGGCAUUUCUGAAGACCUAGGAGUUGGAUCAUGUGUUUUGUGCCUGAGACUCUUCUCGAUGAAGCAAUUUACAGUUCCUUAGGUUUUCUUUUCAUACUUUUCACAUGUUGUUAGAAGUAUGGUGUAUUUGUCACAUAGAAAUCAGCUAACGGCGCCUUUUCUUAUAGCUGCAGUAUUAUGAGCCUAGCAGCCAAUUUGGCUUUGAUUUGUUUCUGGGGCUUCCUCCUUCCACGGCCGUUUAAUAAACGGCCACAUAUUAUUUGGCACUUUAUCUAGUGCUCAUCUAAUUUCAUAUCCCUUUUUCUACAAAUAUUGAGUGAAGCAGAUCUGCAUAGUCAGAGUAUCCUAUGCAUUGUAAGAACUUGUUUGAGUUGGGUUGUGGGAGUAUUGGUUAUGACUGAUGUUUCGGGAGUAAAUUGCAACAAUUCUCCCAUCGCCGCAGCACUGUUUUAUUGACCGUUGGCUGCUUUCAUGCAUUUAAACUGCUCUUGGGGAAUAGAAUGCAAUUCAUAUUUAUUACUGAAUUGGGGGGAUGCUGAUAAACUAUAUUUUUAAAGCUUUUUCUAGGUUAGUGUGUGGAAUUUUGAAAAGGCAAAAAGCCAUUUAGAAGCUGUAUAUAAUAAGCAGGGCUGAGCGCAAGUCCAUGCAAUAGUUGUACAGGGCGAUUUUACUGUAGUAGGGAGAUGAGAGUGAAAUUUUGAAAUUGUGUAGUCCUUUCUGAUACCUCGGGGCUUGGUUUUGUGCUUUGCUUGGGAUAAUCAGCUUAAAGCCGGUUGAAAAUAGUGCAUUUCUCCGAUCCAGUGGUAAUGGCUAAUACCAGGUUCCCUGUGGUAGUAUGCCGUACCGCUGUAGAGAAUGGAAACAAGAGCUUGUCUGCUAUAUUGUAGUACGCCUCCAGUCUUGCAUAAACAUACUCAUAAUAUCCUGCUUGGUCAUAUGAUUGGUAUUAACAAGACUUAGUUAUUAUAAGACUUAUUUAUGAGAACCAGUAACUGCUGUGCUACAAGGCCAACCUGCUGUAAUUUUUUUUUUUUUUU